UUUCCAUAAGAUAAUAAUAAAUCCAAAUAUUGAAUUUAAUAUAUAAUAUGAGGAAUUUGUUAGUACAGUCACCAAAACAAACAUUGCUUUCAAAGGCAACUUUGUUCUUCAUUUGUCAUCUCAAAGUGAUGAACAUUUCCAGAGCUCUCAGCCUCUUUUUUCUUCCCUUCAUUUUGAUAUUUUCAGGAAAGUUCAUAACCAUCCAAGGUGUCUCUUAUGACUAUUCUGCCACAACUGAAUGUCUAGCUAAGCCAUGGAGGGUUCAUCAUGGAGGAGGGAUCAUAGUGAAUCCAGAGUUCAACAAUGGAACUGAAGGAUGGAAAGUAUAUGGAGGAGGAGAAAUAAAGCUAGGGUGGUUGAAACAAGGCAACGACACCAAUACCUUCAUUGUAGCUCACAAGAGGACUCAACCAAGGGAUAGUCUCUAUCAGUUGGUUCAUCUCCAAUAUGAAAAGCUCUAUAGUUUCUCUGCUUGGGUUCGACUAAGUGAAGGGAACGCACCUGUGGCUGUUCUAUACAGAAAUAGUGAAUGGGGUGAGGUUCGUAAUGGUGGUGAAACCAUAGCCCAGCAGGGCUGCUGGAGUUUGAUCAAAGGUGGCUUUGUCUCUAAUUUUACAGGCCAGGCUGAGCUUUUUUUUGAGAGUACAAAUACGACAGCAGAUAUUUGGAUUGAUAAUGUCUCACUGCAACCAUUUACAAAGGAACAAUGGCGAUCCCACCAAGAAGAAAGUAUUAAUAAGGUGAGGAAAAGCAAGGUGAGGCUGCAAAUAACUCAACCAGACAACUGUACACUAGCAGGUGCAAAAGUCUUCCUCGACCAGAAAAAAAGAAACUUCCCAUUUGGGGCAGGAAUGAACAGCCAUAUCCUUUCCAGCAAAAGAUACCAACAAUGGUUUGCAUCAAGAUUUGAUUAUGCCACUUUCACCAAUGAACUUAAGUGGUAUAGCAAUGAGAAAGUACAAGGCCAAGAAAACUAUACCAUCCCUGAUGCAAUGCUUAAGUUUGCCCGUCGUAAUGGUAUUAAAGUCAGAGGACACAACAUUUUCUGGGCCGAUCCCAUUUAUCAGCCAGAAUGGGUCAAGUCACUCAGCCCUAAAGAUUUGAUGAAAGCAGCCAAUAGAAGAAUCAAGUCCGUGCUUAAGAGAUACUCCGGAAAGUUUAUUCACUGGGAUGUCAUGAACGAAAACGUGCACCACAGAUUCUUCGAGGACAAACUUGGUGAAAAUGCCUCUGCAAUGUACUUCAAGAUAGCACAUAAACUAGAUAAGAAACCGCUUCUUUUCCUCAACGAAUUCAAUACCAUGGAACAUGAUUACGAAAAGAAAUCAACCCCAGCUAACUACAGAAACAGACUCUUCCAAAUCCUAUCGUAUCCCGGGAACGAAAAUAUUCCAGCAGGAAUCGGCUUGCAGGGCAACUUCGGCCCUGAUCUGCCAAACCUACCAUACAUGAGAUCCGCAUUGGACUUUCUAGGAUCAACAGGCUACCCCAUAUGGAUCACAGAAGUGUAUUAUCAAAAAGUCCCAAAUCAGGCACAAUUCUAUGAAGAAGUUUUAAGAGAAGGAUACGCACAUCCUGCCGUGAAGGGGAUAAUCACAUUCGGAGGCCCAUUAUCGGCGAAUUUCAUUACCUUGCCGCUUGUGGAUCUGAAUUUCAAGAACACCCCAGCAGGAGACGUUGUCGAUAAGCUUCUGGCUGAAUGGAAAUCGCCCUGUUUGGAAAUGACAGCCGACGGUGAAGGUUUGGUUGAAGCUUUGUUGUUCCAUGGAGAUUACAAUGUAACAGUGCAACACCCUGUAACCAAAUCCGCCGCUUCUGUUAGCAUUAAAGUGUUGGAAGAUGCCGCUUGUCAGACCUUCAACGUCCAGCUCCCUGAUAAUUGAACCAAUAAUAAACAACAUAUUGCUGAUU